GAUGGCCUGUGAAUGUCCCCUUACUCAGCCUGGCCCGACUUUGGCAGCAACAUGCGGUGGCGCUCCUUUUAUGCUGUUUAUGGGCCUUCUUGAAGUAUUUCUUCGCUCUCAAUGUGACAUAGAAGAUCCCUGUCAUAGAGCUAGACCGCCUUCGCUUUUUCACGAUUACGACUUUAUUGUUGUAGGCGGAGGAAGUUCGGGGGCAGUGGUUGCCAGUAGGUUAUCAGAAAUACCUGAAUGGAGGGUGCUACUAAUUGAAGCUGGUCUAGACGAGCCGACAGGUACGCAAGUGCCAUCAAUGUUCUUAAAUUUCCUGGGAUCGAGCAUUGAUUGGGGUUAUCUAACCGAACCGGAAACUCAAGCAUGUCUAGCCGAAAACGAAAAAAGAUGUUAUUGGCCUCGGGGGAAGGUGCUAGGAGGAACGUCAACAAUCAAUGGUAUGAUGUACAUUCGAGGAUCUCGAAAGGAUUACGAUGACUGGGAAGCAAUGGGCAACGAAGGCUGGAGCUACAACGAGGUCUUACCCCAUUUUCUCAAAAGCGAAGAUAAUAAACAAAUGGACCAAGUAGAUAUAGGGUACCACAACAAAGGGGGAUUACUGACAGUAUCCCAAUUCCCUUAUCAUCCACCACUGUCAAAAUCGAUCUUAAAAGCUGCGCAGGAAUUAGGUUAUCCAAUAAGAGAUCUUAAUGGCAGAUAUCAUACCGGUUUUACAAUUGCCCAAACGACCAAUAGAAAUGGAUCAAGAAUGAGCACAGCCAAAGCAUUUUUAAGACCUUUCGUUGGUAGAAAAAAUUUGCACAUUCUCUUGAAUACUACAGUCACUAAAAUAUUAGUAAAUAGCAAGACCAAAGAAGCGUAUGGUGUAGAAGUUUUACGCUCUGGAAUCAAGAGUUCAAUUUAUGCUAGUAAAGAAGUAAUAGUAUCAGGAGGAGCUGUAAAUUCACCACAGAUUCUCCUCCUUUCUGGUAUAGGACCAAGGGAAGAGCUUAAAAAGGUCAAAGUUCCCGUGGUUCAUGACCUACCCGGCGUGGGUAAAAACCUUCAAAACCAUGUAGCCUUUUUCAUAAAUUUCUUCCUUAAUGAUACCAACACAACUCCAUUAAACUGGGCUACUGCGAUGGAAUAUUUAUUAUUUAGAGAUGGUCUUAUGAGUGGGACAGGUAUUUCUGAAGUAACUGGCUUUAUCAAUACUAAAUACCAGGACCCAAUGGAAGAGCAUCCAGAUAUUCAGUUCUUCUUUGGCGGCUUCUUGGCGAGUUGCGCUAAGACUGGCCAAGUAGGAGAAAGAACUGAUAAUAGUUCCAGAUCAAUGCAGAUUAUUCCAACAGUUAUUCAUCCGAAAAGUAGAGGUUCACUUAGAUUAAAAGAUAACAACCCAUUGAGUCAUCCUUUAAUAUUUGCCAAUUACUUUACACAUCCUGAUGAUAUCAAGGUGAUGAUAGAAGGAAUCAAAGUGGCACUAAGGCUAUCUGAGACUAAAGCUCUUCGAAAAUAUGGCCUACAGCUCGAUAAAACUCCAGUGCCUGGAUGUGAAAAAUUCUCCUUUGGUUCUGAUAAUUACUGGGAAUGCGCUGUUAAGCAACGGACAGGUCCAGAAAACCAUCAAGCAGGAAGUUGUAAAAUGGGUCCUCCAACAGAUCCACUAGCUGUUGUUAAUCCAAAAUUGCAGGUUCAUGGUGUUGAUCGUCUUAGAGUCAUAGAUGCAAGUAUAAUGCCCAAAGUUCCCUCUGGUAAUACAAAUGCACCGUGCAUCAUGAUAGCAGAAAAAGGAUCAGACGCAAUCAAAUCGAGGUGGUUGACUCCAGAACACGGCUAUUUUUAUUCUAAUACGCCCAGCCAAAGAAUAGAAAGGCAUUGGGGACCGUGGUAGAGAAGUUUGUAAAUAUUUAAUUAAAACUUUUUAAUUUAUGUUAGAGUUAGACUUUGUUAAGUAAAUACAAUUAAUGAUAUAUUUGUAAAGUGAUAAUUUUAUUAUUGUUUCUUUGGUUUUGUAUAUAAUAAAAAGUUUUUAUCUAUU